UGUGGUGGGCGUGUCCUACAUGAAACACAAACACAUCGUCGCUCACAACCAAACAACCAAAGUUAGCCUGUGCAAACUGGUCCGGGAAAUGUCGUUAUUAACUGCGAAAGAACCAGGGAUCGACCCAGACGCCAUGCCGGUGGAGUCCAUAGUACCCGCCUGCAUGUUCGCACCAGACCCAGGGUUUGGGGACGACCUGCCCGACGGAGAGGGCUUCGAAGACGGCGAGGGGACCAACGGCGAGUCCGGGGAUCAUUUAAAUUUCAGUAGUAAGUUAGUCUUGGUCAGUCCGUCGGGGGACCAGUAUGACUCGUUACUACGCCAACUCAGGGAGCGGAUGGAUGAAGGAUGCGGGGAAACCAUCUACGUGGUUGGAAUGGGUUCAGACGGGGGAGACUACGGCCUGGAUGAGAAGGACAUGGAGGCCUCGGCGGCUACGGUGAGGUCGCUGUGCGAGCAGAUCGAGGCCGACCUCAUCUUCCUGCGGGAGCGCACCGAGGCCGGCGGCAGGAUCCGCGACUACCUCAUACGGCGGCGCGUCGGCGAGCUGGACUUCCUGGAAGUCAGGGUGGCGGUGGUGGGCAACGUGGACGCCGGCAAGAGCACCCUGCUGGGGGUGCUGACUCACGGGGAGCUGGACAACGGCCGUGGCUUUGCGCGGCAGAAGCUCUUCAGGCACAAGCACGAGAUGGAGAGCGGCCGGACCAGCAGCGUGGGCAACGACAUCCUGGGCUUCGACCAGGAGGGACAGGUGGUGAACAAACCCGACAGCCACGGGGGGAGCCUGGACUGGACCAAGAUCUGCGAGCGGUCCUCCAAGGUGAUCACCUUCAUUGACCUGGCGGGCCACGAGAAGUACCUGAAGACCACCGUGUUCGGCAUGACGGGACACAUGCCCGACUUCUGCAUGCUCAUGGUGGGCAGUAAUGCAGGCAUCGUGGGGAUGACCAAGGAGCACCUGGGCCUGGCGCUGGCCCUCAACGUGCCUGUGUUCGUGGUGGUCACCAAGAUAGACAUGUGCCCCGCCAACAUUCUCCAAGAGACGCUAAAGCUAUUACAGAGACUACUGAAGUCACCGGGCUGCAGGAAGAUCCCCGUCCUGGUCCAGAACAAAGACGAUGUCAUCGUCACCGCAUCCAACUUCAGCUCUGAGAGGAUGUGUCCCAUCUUCCAGAUCUCCAAUGUGACCGGGGAGAACAUGGAGCUGCUCAAGAUGUUCCUCAACCUGCUGUCGUGUAGGACGGCCUACAGCGACGAUGAGCCCGCCGAGUUCCAGAUAGACGACACCUACUCUGUACCGGGUGUGGGCACGGUGGUGUCGGGCACCACGUUACGGGGCCUGAUCCGCCUCAACGACACCCUGCUGCUGGGCCCAGACCCCCUGGGCACCUUCAUCCCCAUAGCCGUCAAGUCCAUCCACCGCAAGCGCAUGCCGGUCCGCGAGGUCCGUGCUGGACAGACCGCCUCCUUCGCCCUCAAGAAGAUCAAGCGUUCGUCGAUAAGGAAGGGCAUGGUGAUGAUCUCUCCUAAGCUGACCCCCCAGGCCACCUGGGAGUUUGAGGCUGAGAUCCUGGUGCUCCACCACCCCACCACCAUCUCCCCCCGCUACCAGGCCAUGGUGCAUUGUGGGAGCAUCAGGCAGACGGCCACCAUCCUGACCAUGAACAGGGACUGUCUGCGUACCGGCGACAAGGCCACGGUCCACUUCCGCUUCAUCAAGACCCCCGAGUACAUGCACUGUGACCAGCGGCUUGUGUUCAGGGAGGGCCGCACCAAGGCUGUGGGCACCGUCGUCAAGCUGCUGCAAGCGGUGAACACGCAAGCGGCCCGGGCCCAGCAGGCCAAGAUGCUUGCCCUGAAGAAGAAGGAGGGCACAGCAACACCGGACGAGACCGGGACCGUGGCAAGACCAGGAAGCCCCUCUUCACAGCCCAAGACUGGCAGCGGUCGGAGAAGAGGCGGCCAGCGACACCGUGGCAAGGGUCUCAACGCCACCAUCCCUACGGCAACCACUCCCCCAGCAGCGGCAGGAACCGCCUAGCAACGCCAUAGUCCCAGUCCCCCCCCCCCCCCC